UCCACCCACCAGAGAGAGAAAGAGAGUGAGUGAGUUAGUCAUGUCUGGAUUUUCAUCAACUUCUACUGCUGAGGAAGUUACUCAAGGGAUCCAUGGAACUGGUCUCACUGCAAUUGUCACAGGGACAACCCAUGGUAUUGGCACCGAGACUGCAAGAGUUCUUGCUUUGCGUGGUGUGCAUGUGAUUAUGGCCGUGAGAAAUACAAUUGCUGCAAAAACUGUCCAAGAAACCAUACUUGAAGAGAUUCCCACUGCUAAAGUUGAUUUCAUGGAAUUAGAUCUUAGCUCAAUGGCAUCUGUUAGGAAAUUUGCAUCUGAGUUUCAAUCAUCUGGUCUUCCAUUGAACAUCUUGAUAAACAAUGCAGGAAUAUUGGCAACCCCUUUCACGCUGUCUAAAGACAACAUAGAACUACAAUUUGCUACGAAUUAUUUAGGUCAUUUUCUUUUGACAAAUCUUUUAUUGGAUAUUAUGAAGAAAUCGGCAAGUGCAAGCAAGCAAGAAGGAAGAAUUAUUAAUGUUACCUCAGGUGGUCACCGGUAUACAUAUUCAGAAGGAAUCAUUUUUGAUAAAAUUAACGAUGAAUCAAGUUAUGAGAACUGGCGUGCAUACGGACAAUCGAAGCUAGCUAACAUUUUACAUGCAAACGAACUAGCAAUGCGUUUAAAGGAAGAUGGAGUAAAUAUUACUGCAAAUUCUCUUCAUCCAGGAGCUAUUAUUACCAAUAUUUAUAAACCAGAGAUUAGUGGCAGUGUGCCAACGGAAUUAAUGAACAAGUUUGGGAAAAUGGUGAUGAAAAAUAUCCAGCAGCUUCUUCAAAUUUCAUCGUAGGGAGCAGCAACAACAUGCUAUGUGGCAUUGCACCCUCAAGUAAAGGGAAUUAGUGGCGAGUACUUUUCAGACAGUAAUGUGGAUACAGCAAGCUCACUCCCAAC